AUGACGUCAAAUGAAGACGUUGUCAGUGACGACGAGGUGGCUGCCCUGAUGAUAUACACAAGCAAGAUGAAGCCAGUCCAGAAUUCUCACCUACCAGAACGACAAGCAUCUACAUGGCCGCCACCAUCAUCACUACUAGCACCUCUCAAAACUAUCACCUUCCGCUCCACCACGCCCGUCACAACAUUCGUCGUAACCACUACCACGACACUACAACCAUAUCCGCCACUACAGCUUUCCUACUUUACCUGGUGCCUAGCUACCACCAUUGUGAGAAAGCCAUAUCAGCUUUAUAACGUCAGUAUCACUGCUACACCAGAGCCAUAUCGGCUUUAUUACGUCAGUAUCACUGCUACACCAGAGCCAUAUCAGCUUGAUCACGUCAGUAUCACUGCUACACCAGAGCCAUAUCAGCUUUAUCACGUCAGUAUCACUACUACACCAGAGCCAUAUCAGCUUUAUCACGUCAGUAUCACUGCUACACUAGAGCCAUAUCAGCUUUAUCACGUCAGUAUCACUGCUACACCAGAGCCAUAUCAGCUUGAUCACGUCACUAUCACUACUACACUAGAGCCAUAUCGGCUUGAUCACGUCAGUAUCACUGCUACACUAGAGCCAUAUCAGCUUUAUCACGUCAGUAUCACUACUACACCAGAGCCAUAUCAGCUUGAUCACGUCAGUAUCACUGCUACACCAGAGCCAUAUCAGCUUGAUCACGUCAGUAUCACUGCUACACCAGAGCCAUAUCAGCUUGAUCACGUCAGUAUCACUGCUACACCAGAGCCAUAUCAGCUUUAUCACGUCAGUAUCACUACUACACUAGAGCCAUAUCGGCUUGAUCACGUCAGUAUCACUGCUACACCAGAGCCAUAUCAGCUUGAUCACGUCAGUAUCACUACUACACCAGAGCCAUAUCAGCUUGAUCACGUCAGUAUCACUGCUACACCAGAGCCAUAUCAGCUUGAUCACGUCAGUAUCACUGCUACACCAGAGCCAUAUCAGCUUGAUCACGUCAGUAUCACUGCUACACUAGAGCCAUAUCAGCUUGAUCACGUCAGUAUCACUGCUACACCAGAGCCAUAUCAGCUUGAUCACGUCAGUAUCACUGCUACACCAGAGCCAUAUCAGCUUGAUCACGUCAGUAUCACUGCUACACUAGAGCCAUAUCAGCUUGAUCACGUCAGUAUCACUGCUACACCAGAGCCAUAUCAGCUUGAUCACGUCAGUAUCACUGCUACACCAGAGCCAUAUCAGCUUGAUCACGUCAGUAUCACUGCUACACUAGAGCCAUAUCAGCUUUAUCACGUCAGUAUCACUGCUACACUAGAGCCAUAUCAGCUUGAUCACGUCAGUAUCACUGCUACACCAGAGCCAUAUCAGCUUGAUCACACAUCAUCAGUCACCAUCAGCCAUUAUCGUCAGACAUCAUCAGUCACCAUCAGCCAUUAUCGUCAGACAUCAUCAGUCACCAUCAGCAUUAUCGUUAUCGUCAGACAUCAUCAGUCACCAUCAGCCAUUAUCGCAUUAUCGUCAGACAUCAUCAGUCACCAUCAGUAUCGCCAUUAUCGUCAGACAUCAUCAGUCACCAUCAGCCAUUAUCGUCAGACAUCAUCAGUCACCAUCAGCCAUUAUCCACCAUCAUCAUCAGCAUUAUCGUCAGAUCAUCAGACAUCAUCAUCAGCCAUUAUCGUCAGACAUCAGACAUCAAUCAUCAUCAGUCACCAUCAGCCAUUAUCGUCAGACAUCAUCAGUCACCAUCAGCCAUUAUCGUCAGACAUCAUCAGUCACCAUCAGCCAUUAUCGUCAGACAUCAUCAGUCACCAUCAGCCAUUAUCGUCAGACAUCAUCAGUCAGACAUCAUCAGUCACCAUCACCCAUUAUCGUCAGAUAUCAUCAGUCACCAUCAGCCAUUAUCGUCAGACAUCAUCAGUCACCAUCAGCCAUUAUCACAUCAUCAGUCACCAUCAGCCAUUAUCGUCAGACAUCAUCAGUCACCAUCAGCCAUUAUCGUCAGACAUCAUCAGUCACCAUCAGCCAUCAUCGUCAGACAUCAUCAGUCACCAUCAGCCAUUAUUGUCAGACAUCAUCAGUCACCAUCAGCAUUAUCGUCAGACAUCAUCAGUCACCAUCAGCAUUAUCGUCAGACAUCAUCAGUCACCAUCAGCAUUAUCGUCAGACAUCAUCAGUCACCAUCAGCAUUAUCGUCAGACAUCAUCAGUCACCAUCAGCAUUAUCGUCAGACAUCAUCAGUCACCAUCAGCAUUAUCUGUACAGGGUAGAGGAGAUAAGCUGAUGGGGCCGUGUAGAGAGAAACCGUCCAGUUUGGAGAUUAACCCUCGCCAAUCUGGAAGUCCUACCUCAAGGGUUGUGUACAGUAACCCUCGCCAAUCUGGAAGUCCUACCUCAAGGGUUGUGUACAGUAACCCUCGCCAAUCUGGAAGUCCUACCUCAAGGGUUGUGUACGGUGCAGUAACCCUCGCCAAUCUGGAAGUCCUACCUCAAGGGUUGUGUACGGUGCAUAACCCUCGCCAAUCUGGAAGUCCUACCUCAAGGGUUGUGUACAGUAACCCUCGCCAAUCUGGAAGUCCUACCUCAAGGGUUGUGUACAGUAACCCUCGCCAAUCUGGAAGUCCUACCUCAAGGGUUGUGUACAGUAACCCUCGCCAAUCUGGAAGUCCUACCUCAAGAGUUGUGUACAGUAACCCUCGCCAAUCUGGAAGUCCUACCUCAAGGGUUGCGUACGGUGCAGUAACCCUCGCCAAUCUGGAAGUCCUACCUCAAGGGUUGUGUACAGUAACCCUCGCCAAUCUGGAAGUCCUACCUUCCUGA